AUGUUAACAAAUUUUCAAAUAUUAACUGAGAAGGAUAGAAAGGAAGCUGCCGCUCUAGAAGCUCGAAGACGCAGAGAUGAAGAACGAAAACAGCGAAUUUUCAAUCCUCGUGUUCGACUCAUGGGCUUGGACAUCGAUGGCCUGGAUCGUCAAGUAGAAGAGAGGAGACAAAAAGAAAAGGACGAUAAAGAGGUAACUCAAAUAUUCCAUAAUCAGAUAAAAAAAGCCGAUGAACUGGCACUUUUUAUGGAAAACAAAGAAAAAGAGGAACGCUUCAAACUCAACCGAAGAAUUAACGAGUACAGAAGAAAUUAUCAACGGCCCGAAGACAGACGAGAGUUCGAUUUAAACAAUCCUGGCUAUGUAUUAAACCAAGUACCCUGCCGGGGUGUCGUAGACGAUCCCAAAUUAGGAAUAUCAGCUGCUCAAAAGUUCGAAGGCGAAGACCUAGCUGCAGAUGCGAGACGUAAAAUUCAACACGAAGAAAUUAAAUCUUGGCUGGGACAACAAAUGAGAGAAAAAGAAUUAGCGGAAAAAGACCAAAAAAUGGCCGAAGAAGCGUACAAAGCAGCUAUGCUGGCUCGAGAUCAUAGAGCUUUAGAACUAGAAGAAAUGGAAAAGGAGUGCAGAAGAAAGUUACAAAAAGCGUGUAUAAAAUACAACGAAGCAUUGAUGAAGGAGAAAGCAUUUGAAAGAGAACAGAGAGAACGGGAAGAUACCGAAGACAAAAUGGCGGAUAUAUGCAAUUUCUUAAAUAGCGAUUUAAUGACUGAAAAUCCCAAUGUCGCGCAAAGUAACCUCGGUCCCAACAGAAGAAUUUGUGCUUAUUAUAAAGGUAUGUCGCUAGCUGAGCAGAAGGCCAUAACGGUAGAACUGCAAACGCAAAUCGAAGAAAAGAGGAUCAGGAAGGAGCAAGAACGCAGAAGGGAAAUGGAAAUGGACAGUUACGUAAAUGGAAUUAACCGCGAAAUUUAUCUUAUGGAUCAAGAUACUAUGGCGAAGCAGAAACAGAGAUACAAAGAACUAAAUGAAGAAAACAGACGACUGGCUGAAGAACAGAAUAAUCGCAAGAAAUUUCUAAAUAAAGUCGUUUAUACUGGAAUGCCAUCGGAUGAAUUUUACGAUCAGUUCAAUAGAGGCAGUAGAUAA